AUGGCAGCACCGUUUGAAACCAGACUGUUUAUCAACGGCCAGUAUGUAGCUGCCAAGUCGUCUGAACGACUGAAAAUCUACAAUCCCACCGACGACUCUCUCGUCACAGACGAUGUGCAUGUUGCGGGCCAAGAGGACGUUGAUGCAGCCGUCGCCGCUGCUAGAGCAGCCUUUCCCGCAUGGGCCGCAACACCGGCGGGCGAGCGAGCAGCCAUACUCUACAAAUUCGCAGAUCUCAUUGAAGCCAAUACCGAGGCUAUCGGGGCGCUCAACACCAUGUGCAGUGGCCAGAUCAAGCUCAUGACAAGCCGGUUUGAGCCAAAACUCGGCGCAAGAUACUUGAGGUAUUAUGCAGGCUGGUGUGACAAGCUUCUCGGAGAAGUGAACCCUUCGUCCGAUGGCAUCAUGUCGAUUAUCACACAUGAGCCGUUGGGCGUGUGUGCAGCCAUCUGUCCCUUUAACGCGCCAUUGCAGACGAUAUGUAUAAAGACGGCACCAGCACUGGCUGCUGGAAACACAGUCAUACUGAAGUCUUCGGAAAAGACACCGCUCAGUGCGCUGCUCGUUGCCCGUCUCGCCAAAGAAGCCGGUUUCCCCAAUGGCGUCUUCAACGUCAUUUCGGGCGCUGGCUCCACUGGCGCACUGUUGGCCUCCCACAUGGAUAUCAACAAGGUCUCGUUUACGGGCAGCAGUGCUACUGGCCGCAAGAUUGCGCAAAUGGCGGCUCAGAGCAAUCUCAAGCGUGUCCAGCUUGAGCUCGGUGGCAAGAGUCCUGCAAUCAUCUUUCCCGACGCCGACCUCGCCGUCGCCGUCGAGUGGUGUAUUCGUGGCUUUACUACCAUCAGUGGCCAGGCCUGCAUUACUACCUCUCGUCUCUAUGUUCACAAAUCCAUUCGUGAACAGUUCCUUGCCGCGCUCAAGGAGGGCUUGAAGCAGGUCGAGGCUGCCCUGGGCGACCCAUCCAAAGACAAUGUCCUAUUCGGACCUCUGGUCGACAAGAUACAAUUUGAAAGAGUCAAAGCCUUUCUCGAGUCUGGGAAGCAAGAAGCUACUCUAGCAUACGGCGGCGAGCAAGUUGGAACACAGGGUUGCUUUAUCAGGCCAACCAUCUUCGUGGACUCGAAGCCCGACGCAAAGAUCUACAAGCAAGAAAUCUUUGGCCCCGUCACUGUUGUCAACGACUUUGAAGACGAAGACGAAGUGAUUGGCCGGGCAAACGAUACCGAAUUCGGACUCAGCGGCGCCGUCUUCUCGCAAGACAUUAACCGCGCACUACGCGUGGCUUCCCGGAUCCACAGCGGAACCGUGUGCGUGAAUUGCAGUAUGCAGAACCAGGUCGAGGUGCCGUUUGGCGGCGUCAAGUCGAGUGGCUGGGGGCGCGAAAACGGCAAGAAUGGCAUCAUGGCCUACACGGAGCCCAAGACGACUUUUAUCAGGCUGUAG